CAGGUGGGUCUGUGAAGAAAUCCCAGAUCUCAAGCUUGCCAUGGAAAAUUAUGUUUUAAUUGACUAUGAUACAAAAAGCUUUGAAAGCAUGCAGAGGCUUUGUGACAAAUACAACCGUGCCAUUGAUAGCAUUCAUCAGUUGUGGAAAGGAACCACCCAGCCCAUGAAACUGAACACUCGUCCCUCCAAUGGGCUCCUCCGUCACAUCUUGCAACAAGUAUAUAACCACUCAGUGACUGAUCCAGAGAAACUCAACAACUAUGAGCCCUUUUCCCCAGAGGUGUAUGGAGAGACUUCCUUUGAUUUAGUGGCCCAAAUGAUUGAUGAGAUUAAAAUGACUGAGGAUGACUUGUUUGUUGACUUGGGCAGUGGUGUGGGUCAAGUGGUGCUUCAAGUUGCUGCUGCCACAAACUGCAAACAUCACUAUGGUGUGGAGAAAGCUGAUAUUCCAGCCAAAUAUGCUGAGACGAUGGACAGAGAGUUCAGAAAGUGGAUGAAAUGGUAUGGGAAAAAACAUGCAGAAUACACACUGGAAAGAGGUGACUUCCUCUCAGAAGAAUGGAAAGAAAGAAUUGCAAACACAAGUGUUAUUUUUGUGAAUAAUUUUGCCUUUGGUCCUGAGGUGGAUCACCAACUGAAGGAGCGAUUUGCAAACAUGAAGGAAGGUGGCAGAAUCGUGUCCUCAAAGCCUUUUGCACCUCUAAACUUUAGAAUAAACAGUCGAAACUUGAGUGAUAUUGGCACUAUAAUGAGAGUUGUGGAGUUAUCACCACUGAAAGGGUCGGUUUCAUGGACCGGGAAACCAGUUUCUUACUACCUGCAUACUAUUGAUCGCACCAUACUUGAAAACUAUUUUUCUAGUCUCAAAAAUCCAAAACUCAGGGAGGAACAAGAGGCAGCUAGACGUCGUCAGCAAAGAGAAAACAAGAGCAACACAACUACUCCAACCAAGGUGCAAGAAAACAAGGAUUCUGGUGCUGAAGAAGAAAAAGUUGGGACAAAUGCAGUUAAAAAGACAUCCCCCUCCAAAGCACAUACGAAGAAGCUUAGUAAGAAAGGAAGGAAAAUGGCAGGGCGGAAGCGAGGGCGUCCCAAGAAAAUGAAUGCUGCAAACGCAGAGCGCAAGACCAAGAAGAACCAAACUGCACUAGAGCUUCUGCAUGCUCCAACUGUGUCACAGACACCCUCAUCCUCUCCUCAGGAUGCAUACAAGUCACCUCAUAGUCCAUAUUACCAACUACCUCCUAAAGUACAACGGCAUUCAUCUAAGCAACUGUUGGUGACUCCUACCCCACCUGCACUACAGAAGCUGCUCGACUCUUUUAAGAUCCAAUACAUGCAGUUCAUGGCGUACAUGAAAACUCCUCAGUACAAAGCAAACCUGCAACAGUUACUGGAGCAGGAAAAGGAAAAGAAUGCUCAGUUGCUGGGGACAGCACAACAGUUAUUCACCCACUGCCAGGCACAGAAAGAAGAAAUUAAACGGCUCUUUCAACAGAAACUCGAUGAGUUGGGAGUUAAAGCUCUGACAUAUAAUGACCUGAUUCAGGCUCAGAAGGAGAUCUCUGCUCACAACCAGCAGCUGAAGGAACAGACAAAGCAGCUGGAGAAAGAUAACAGUGAACUCAGGAACCAGAGCUUGCAGCUGCUUAAAGCACGAUGCGAAGAACUGAAGUUGGAUUGGUCGACGCUGUCGUUGGAGAGCUUGCUGAAGGAAAAGCAGGCACUGAAGAAUCAGAUUUCUGAGAAACAAAAGCACUGUUUGGAAUUGCAGAUCAGCAUUGUGGAGCUUGAGAAAAGUCAAAGGCAGCAGGAGCUCAUGCAGCUGAAAUCGUAUAUGCCUCCUGAUGAGUCUCUGUCGGUACAGCUACGCAAUAAAAACCGUUUAAGCCGUGAGCCCGAGGCUGAUCACGGCAGAUUCCAACUUGAGCUUGAGUGCUCUAAAUUUCCUAUGCCCCACAUCAACGGCAUGAGCCCUGAACUGUCCAUGAAUGGCCAUGCUACUCCCUAUGAAAUCCAUAAUGUUCUUAGCAGGCCCUCUUCCAAGCAGAACACCCCUCAAUACAUGACCUCUCACCUGGACCAAGAAAUAAUUCCUUGCACCCCAAACCACAGCAGCAGACAGAAGGUGGACAAGACAGCAAGCUUCUCCUUACCUGAUUACACCAGGUUUUCCCCAGCUAAGAUAGCCCUAAGGAGACACUUGAAUCAGGACCAUGCAGUCAAUGGAAAAGCAACAACUAAUGAGAUACACCAGAGAGCUGACCAUGUAAAAGAGAAUGGCCUUACAUAUCCAAGCCCUGGCAUUUCAAAUGGCAUAAAGCUGAGUCCUCAGGAAACUCGGCCCUCUUCCCCAGCGGCCUUACCGAUUGCAAGUGAGAAGGUUUUGCGAGAGAGGACUUCUGCGAGUAAUGGAGAAACUAUCACCAGCCUACCUAUCAGUAUUCCUCUCAGCACGGUGCAGCCCAAUAAACUCCCUGUUAGUAUCCCUCUGGCCAGCGUAGUCCUACCUAGCCGUGUUGAGAAGGUGAGAAGCACACCUAGUCCAGUUCAUCAGAAUCGAGACUCGUCGUCAACACUUGAAAAACAGUAUGGUGCUAGUUCUCAUAAUGGCGUAAGCAAUGCUGCUGGAAAUAAGCCACUGGCUUUGGCUACCUCAGGUUUUUCAUAUUCUUCUGGCUCCAUGGCAGUUAAUGGAACUCUUUCAAACAGCCCAGCCCACCUUAACCAUAGUGUUGAUCAGGCAGCUGUGGACGACUCCGGGAGUUUGUUUAACUCGGUAGGGUCUCGGAGCUCCACUCCACAAUACCCUUCUUUGCUAAUGAUGCAGUCACGGAAUUCUGGGCAGAAUUCCCCGGCUCACCAGCACUCAGCAAGCCCCAAGUUAAAUGGUGUCUCCCAGAGCAUGGUAGGGGUACUGCAGUAUAUGGAUGCUCAGAAGAUGUUUGCCGAAGGAACAAAAGGGGAACUUCAGCCUGAUGCCGCCUUUUCUGAUGCUGAGAACGAGGCCAAGAGAAGAAUCAUCUUCACAAUCUCUCCUAGUACAGGAAGUGUAAAACAGUCUCCGUCUAACAAGCACAGUUCCCUGACUGCAAGCAUUCGGAUGGACUGUGGCCAAGCAUACAUGCAGGAUGGGAAGAAACGAGGUCGAAGGAAGAGAUCCUCCACAGGGAAUCUAAACAUGAACUCCGGGGUGUCCCCUAAACGCAAAUCCUUACCAACUGUGGCUGGACUCUUUACUCAGCCUUCGGGCUCACCGCUUAAUAUAAACUCAAUGGUCAAUAACAUUAAUCAGCCUUUAGAAAUAACAGCCAUUUCCUCCCCUGAAAACUCCCUGAAGAACUCUCCUGUUCCCUACCAGGACAAUGACCAGCCUCCAGUGCUGAAAAAAGAGAAGCCCCUGAUUCAGACCAACGGUGUUCAUUACUCACCAUUGACUUCAGAUGAAGAACAGGGAUCGGAAGAUGAGCACAAUAGCACCAGAAUUGAGAGGAAAAUUGCAACGAUAUCAUUGGAAAGCAAAUCUCCACAGAAGACUAUUGAAAAUGGUGGCAGUUUAGCUGGGAGGAGACAAGCACAAACCAGUGAGAACAUGAAUAGCAGUAAAUGGAAGUCUACUUUUUCGCCAAUUUCUGACAUCAACCUGACCAAAACUACAGAUAGCCCAUUGCAGGCUGUUUCAUCUCUGAGCCAGAAUUCCCUGUUUGCCUUUAGGCCGUCCUCUGAGGAUGGCAUGGCCAUUGAUGCCAAAAUUGCAGCACACACACGGAAAAACAUCACCAUGUCCUCCUCUGGGACGGACAGACUCAGCCCCAAUACAAACUCCGCUAAUGGAUCCAUGUAUAACUGUGGACUGACCACAGACAUCGGUUUACACAGCUUUAUUGAUGGUGCUUCUCUUCCUCAUAAGACUUCAGAUGUGACCACCCUCAACUCCUCUCUGGGUUUUCAGUCACAGAGGAGCAAAGAUGUGGGGAUUUUGGAGACAAACCCCUUUUUGAACAAGAGGCAGCUUGAAGGCCUCGGCAGCACGAAAGGAGAAGACUUAAACCGAUCAGGAGUCAAAAGUAAAGAGCUCGGUGAAUUAACCAUUCGUCCAGGGGUGGCUUCUGAAAAAAGUUCCUUGCAGCACAAUGGCAAGGUCGGCAAAGGACGGGACCGAGAUGUGGAGUUUAAAAACGGCCACAACCUUUUCAUUUCUGCUGCUGCUGUAUCUUCUGGUGGCCUUCUCAAUGGCAAAAGCCUUUCCACUGGUGUCUCAUCUGCAGGCAACCCAGCACCUUCUGUUCAGACGCACCAUCCUUUCUUAAACACAUUGACCACUGGAUCGCAGUUCCCCCUGGGUCCCAUGGCUUUGCAGGCAAACCUCAACUCGGUGACAAACUCCUCAGUAUUGCAGUCCUUAUUUAAUUCAAUGCCAGCUGCUGCCAGUCUGGUCCACGUGUCAUCAGCUGCAACCAGACUGACUAACUCUCAUGCUAUGGGGAAUUUCUCUCCUGGGGUUACAGGUGGAACAGUUGGAGGUAACUAGGAUUUCUACCUCAACCCAAUGUGACCUAUGCAAGGACAACGUGGACCAACUUCACUCAGCUUCCACUGAAAGGUGCUCGCCUGGCCUGGCAGGGGUUUCUACUCUCUUACUACUGGACAAAGUAAACAAAUAAAAGACCUAAAUAACAGAGAAAAGAAUAUUCUACUGUGAAUCAGAGUUGAAAAAAAAACUGCAAAGGAAAAUGCUUAAAAAAAAGCUCCAGUUUGUAUUGUCAAUAGUUUAGAUAAAGUAUUUAUCUUUUUUUUAAAAAUGAAAACAAUUUUGGCUUAUUUUAUUCCAUCUAAAGUCAUAAAAAACCAUAACUCAUUGAAACCAUUCUCUGAAUAAUAAAGGACUGGCACACCAGCAGAGAUGUAAAGAGCCUCCUCUCGGUGCUAUUUCAUCCAUCAGAACUGUGCCUCUCUAGUUCAAAUCCUUGGUGCUGAAUUUGAGGGUUGACCAAUGCCAAGCCCAGUUCUCAGAAAGGUCUGCUUUUAUUUAUUCAGCUCACUCUGUUCAUAUACCAAAGUCCAUUGGUUUACAGCAAAGCAGGAGCUACAGAGAAUGGCAGUCUUUGGUUUUGGGUGAUUGUUUCUUUUUAUUUUUAACAGAGCUUAUGGCUCAGUUAUCAGGCGUUUAAUAUUGUUUAUUACAAAGAAGAAUGCAAUACUCCCCUCUGGAGUGGCAGCUAGAUUACCUGUGCAAACUCAGCUGGUUCAGACACUUGGAACAGAAGAAGCAUAACUUAAGUCUAGUCCUGUUAGACUACUUCACUGGGCCCAUUGAAACCUCUGGUGGCGCUCAAGUCACUGUGAAUUUCAGUAACUAGACUGUUAACUUGUUUUGGGGUGUCAUUUGGCAUAUGAACAGGGUGCAUAAUCACUGGUGUUGGUCAGGCCCUUUUUAACAAUAUUGGGAAGACGGAAAAUCGAGCUUCUAUGCUGGGGCAGAUAGCAGCAGAUUUUCUCAGCUCGCUGUUUUUGUUGAAGUACAAUGUGUUUUGUUAGUAAGGUUUUGAUACUUGAUUCCGAAAUGGCUCAGCCUUGUACAUUUUAUUGACUUAAGUGCAUUCGCGUUUGUAUUUCUUUGCUUUGAAUAGGUUUAAAUGGUAGUUCACAAAAACACCACAAUCUAGCGUAACUUGCUGCCACACUAUCAAACUGGUGCAUUUUGAAUUGUAUUGUGACUUGGUGUUCUGUGUACAGAAAGUGUCACUCCGAGCAGUGACCGUAUUUUAUAGACGUGAUGAAAAUUUACAAAUUUCCUAAACUUGAUUCAGUUUAUUUUUUAGGUUGUGUGAUGCACAGUAAACUUGUAAACAGAUGUUUUUAUUUAUUCAAGUGCACAAAAUGGGGAGGAGGACCCAUUAGUUCAUAAACUUCAGUCUGCAGCAUAGACUGGACCAAGCGCCAAUAAAGGAAACCACAGUAACAGAAGGGGAAUUGCUACAGCAAACUGACUAGAUUCAGAGCACAAUGGUGCUAAAGUGAACCCUUGCUGGCCUAAGUUCUGUCUAGGGAGAUUCGGUUGUAUUGCAUCAGAGGCACUUGGUGUCCUUCAGUCCAUUCCAGCGAGGUUAAUAGCCCUGUAAUUACAGUCUCUAACCUCCAGCAAGUUGCCAUUCACGAUAAGAGUUGAGCUCUCCCUUACCAGCUCCCUAGUGCGGUUUCCCUUUGUCACAAACUGCUGGGCUUCGUGAAUCAGCUGCCUAAAUGUACUUGGAGCAGGCCAAAUCUCUCUUCACACUCUCUUGUGCUGUGCUUCCGUGGCUGGUUUGAUCUGUGUCUCCGUGAGUACUGUGUUGGUUCUUGUGUCCAAAAAGGCCGGUGGAGAUGUUCUCCUACUUUCCUAUUCUCACCAGCUCCCUCCUCUCCCCAUGGGAGUGAAUUUGUCCUGGAACGGUGCAGUAUCCUGAUUAACAAUGCCCCCUUCACUGUGUUUCAAAUUGGCUGCUUCCCUCUAGACCAUGUAGUGAACAAUGGCAUAGAAGUUAACAAGCUCGGUUACCCUAACCACUCCUAAGUGUCUCGGCUGUGUGCAGAAACUGUUAAUGUAACUUUGCCUUAUCAUUGAUCGCUAAGGGGACUGAUCCUUAUUCCUAAUCUCCAGGAAUAUUUUUAAUCAUUUUCUGGUUUGUGCAUGGGAGCGGAGAGGGAGGAAGUGAUGCAUCCAGCUGGAUUCCUAGCAGCAGGGAGAGAACCUAGAGAAAGCAAAGUAAUGCUCAGGGAGUGGCAGCUGAGAAACAUCCAGUAGCUUCUAGUGGAAGCCAUAAACAGUUAUGUCCUGGAAUCCAGGGAAACACGUAACCCAGUUAUUGUUCAGCUGUGAAUUUGGCAACUCCAGCCUGAUCCAGAUCUUUGGGUAACUGAAAGGUGCAGGGCCUUCUCAGCAGUUUUAAUCCCAAUUAAAGGCAACAAAAAUGCAGACUCGGAUUCUUGGAGGAUUAAAAAAAAAAAAAUGUAGGUAGUGAAAUAGUGUGAACAACUGCUCCAGGGCCCUAGCUUUGCCCCUCUGUAUGCCUCAGUUACGCCGAUUUGAGGCAGCUCAACAUCCCUGAUUUAAGAGGUGGGCAGGAAAUGCAUGAUAUCACUUGAGCCAGUCUGCUUUCACCAGAUAACGAAUUCCCAUCCUGGCCAGGUGCAAUGGGAGCAAGACCUGGGGCACCUCCUAGCCAUUAUCCUCUUAAAGCACAUGGCCUCUUCAGCACUGUUCUGCAAAAGGGUUUAAUGAGAACCUUUGUUGUAUUGUGAGUUUCAAACAUGCUUCUGAGGGCAGUUAUCCCUGCUGGGAUUCCAGAGCUGCUCUGCCUUUGUUAGCUUCUUCCUUUAAAUUUGACUGUUGCAGCCUUCUGUGUUCUGUGUACGUUGCUUGCUUGUGGAUUUCGUCUUCCCAGUAAUCUCAGCUGAGUUGGACUUCUGGGUAAGUGUCAGGCAGACUGAUCCUGAUUCAGGGCAGAGAAAUGGAGCAGGCAAGGCUAUGGAAUUCUGUUGCUUCUCACCAAAAGGCUUCUUUUUCUCUGUAUCGGACCCUGGGAACUUCCACUUUUCCAUGGAGAAAUUGGGAAAUAGAUUUUUAAAGUUUUGGGGAGUCACAUGAUGCACUGGGGUCAGGCAAGAGACCUGGGUCUUACUCCCUGCUCUUUCACUUGCUCACUGUAAUCUCGGGCAAGUUGGUUCAGCAUCUCCAUGUUUCCCCAUCUGUAAAACUGGGAGGAUACUUGUCUUGCUUCUUAAAGUGCUUUGAGAUCUCUGGGUGAAAAGCUCCUUGUAAGCGUGAAGCAUUAUUAAUGAAGAUCUAAUCUGCAUAGCUGGAGACUUAUGAAUAUUUGUGACCUUAGCAAGAAAGCUCAGUGCCAGAGAUGUGAGACUUGUUCUCAGUAACCUGAGGUGGUACUUUAUUUAUUUAAUAUUAUUUAAGCCAAAAUGUGAAGUGCAGGAAUGGAAUUCUUUCUGGUUUACACUUUCCUACACCCGGCCCAGUCAUUCUACUACUGUCACAAAUGUUCCUUCUCAGCCGCAUUGCUGCUGCUGGCAGGGGGACUCAGAAUGGAGCUGAAAUGCAUUUUGUAGCAUCUGCAUCACCAGAAAAUUGAACUUCCUGAGUAUGUUGAGCUGAGCCUGUGUGGCCCUUUGUGAAACAGUGAGGUGGAGCGUAGAUGUUUGCAGAUGCAGAGACAAGUUGUUGCAUUCUUCCCUUUUUUGGUGGUGUGUAUCUGCUCCAGUUGUCUGGUUUGCCUUUCCCACUCCCUGGACAACCUCUUGGAGUGUCAGAAAGUUGGGAGAGCUCCCAAGGCAUUAAACUUAAAUUUGCUGUUUUCUGUGGAUUAGUCAUUCAGUCAGAAUUCUGAUAUGGGACAGUGGUGGGUGAGGAGUCCAGAAAACAGGCUUUGCCUUGUGUACGUGAGGGCUGCAUUGGAGUGGGACUGGAGACCUGGCUGUUGUUGACACGGUUGACCUCUGUCAAAUCAGUUUCUGCCUGUAUUUCCUCAUCUCUAAAAUGGGGAUAAUGGCACUUGGCUGCUUUUUGUAAAGUGCAUUGAUCUUCCUGGGGAGGGUCAUAAAUGCUAGAUACUAAAUCUCGUCAUUCAUUUAAGUGCAGGUUGCAGGAGUGAUGGUUUCCCCAAUUACUUGGGGAAACUAUCGGGCAACAAAUUGGUGGGGAAGGGGAGGAGAAAGUGGGUUUAAAGUGGACUUGGUUAAGGGUUUGUAUGGGGGAUCCCAUAGCCUUCCAUUUAAAAAAAAAAAAUACUGAGACAAUGAUACGUGCAGCUCUCUUUAAAGCUUCCCAUAUGUGUGAACAUUGGAGAUGAUCCAUUGAGGGUCCCCUUUCUCCUUGAGAGAAGUGUUCCUGUUUGCAGGCCACUCCCUGCCUGUUUCCUCCCAGUUUGUUUAUAAUCUGGACUAUCAGCUCAUUGGAAGCAGGAAUUAAAGCCGUCCCACUCAGAACUGCGCGCUAAAAGAAUUCAAACUUAGGUGAACUACGGUGGUAGCACUGAGAGCCGCUGGUCGUCGCUCAGGAGCCCUUGUGCUCGGUGGUAUGAGAGAGCGAGCGCCUCCCCCAAAGCACAGUCUCAGUCUGAGAUGGCAGGAGCACAAGGAGACAAUGAGACUGUCCAGUUGUCUCAAUUGUUGUUGCUGCCUUUACUGUGGGAAUAAAGAUUUGUUAGAACACAAAGGGCAUUCGCCCUGUUGGUAACUGGCUUUGUGAGCAGCCUCAGCAGAGAGGCCAAAAAUUGGAGUGGGCCAUGUAGGCUGAAUUCCCUUCUAUAAUGGUUGUACAGGUAAGUGCGUUGACUGGGCAUGGGGGAAUCUUGUCCAGUGGCUGCUUUAGCUGUCACUCGAGGGGUGCUUUCUGCCUGCUGCUCACUUCUGAAGUGAUUGUGCCCAUCACUGGCCUGUGAAUAGACAAGAGCUUUAAAGCUCCCGUCCAUGCCAUCCUGUCACAGUUUCCCACUGCCAAAAUCACAUGGCUUUGUUUUUAAAUUGGCCCAGUUAUUAAGGUGCCAGAGCCUGUUUUAAUCUACUCACGUUUGCUGCAGAGCAGUGAGUGACUCUGAACUCAUUGAUUUAGGUAUUGGAGAAGGUCCGCUGAACUAACAGAUUCCAAGCCCCUUGUUCGAGGAGUGAAAUCAAGCAAUUACAUUGCACCUUUAAUCUAAAGAUUCCAAAGUUCAAGCAGUUGCUUCAGAUUUGCGUGGCUGUUUUUAGGCUGGUAAGUUAAGCUACAACUCGGGCCAUGCAAACCUUUAGCUGGGUGUAGCUUGCAGUAGCCCAUGUGCCUUAUCCUGCCGAGGGAUGGAUGGAUGGAUGGAUUUCCUCUCAUUUCUUCUGAGGGGUGUUGCUUGAAUAGUGCAAUACUAUUUUUAAUCUCUUGGCUGUGAAAGUUUGUCUCUACAUGUAGGAUGAAGUAAUUUUGCUUAUGGGGAAAAUGAUCUAAUGUAAUGUGCCUCAGAAGGUUGAUUUUUAAGCACAGAAAUGGAGCUAAAAAUGGAUGGAGAGGCAGGGAAAAGAAUGUCCUUUAUACCCAAUCCUCCCUCCCUGAUUUCCCUUUAUAUUGGAGCUGAUAAAAUGAUGACAAAUGGAGGGUAGAAGGAGAGGUAGCUGUUUGUGAAAUGGAGGCAAGUUUUAUUCCUAUCUUGGGUGAUUCAAUCCUUGAUUGGUAGCUGGGCUUAGUUCAAUAAAGAUUUCCUCUACAUGGAUCUUUCAUCCCUCCCUUCCCCACCUUUCCUUUCUGGAGAAACUGCCCAUAGCUCUAGUUAAAUAGGUGAUAGGGUGGGACACAGGCAACUGUUAGACUUUCACCUCUGGAGAUCUGGGUUCAAAUCCUGUUUGGAUUGUGCAUUAAAGUAAAUUGGGUUUCAGUGCUGUUUGUUCCCAGCAUCCUGCCGUUCUGCUGAGAGUCCUAGGACUGGUAUAACUGGAGUGUGUCAGGGCAGGGAACUGCAUUAACCAUGCUGCGUCAGGGACAAUUUGCAAUGCCUGCCAUAUGCCACUGUGUCUACUUAGGUCUCGCUAAUGUGAGCGGUCGUUUGUGGGAACACAGUCGCUUCCAGUUGUUUUCUUAAAGUCCAACUUAUGCUUCCCUUCUUGCAAAGCUCAUUCGCGGAGCCCAGUUCUUUGUGACGUCUAGGGAGACUCAGACUAUUUCCAAGGCUGUUUGUAAGAUGAAUUCAGGGUCCAAUCUCUCUCUCUGGAGUCAGCCAGCCAAAUUUUAACAUUGACUUCAGUGAGAGCAGGAUUGCUCCCAUGGUGUAGUUGGAGGGAUGGAUGAAGUAACUUCAGCACUAAGUGUGUGGUGGUUUUCUGUCAUGUCCCAGUCCUGCAAACACUGACUCCUCUACCAGGAGUAUCUCACUGGUAGUAAAUGCUAUGCCCCCAAGGAAGUGUUGGCAGGACCAGACUCUUAAAACUGCUAGUGUCUCAGCACUCUUCUUAUUUAUAUAUAGCUACAAUACACGCACACACCAGGCUGCACCUGCCCUUUUCCAUGGUUGCUGGAAUGGUGGAGGGAGAUGUCAAGAGCUGGGGCUUGCUGCAGUCUCCCAUAAGCUGCUGUUUUAGGAACACAUUUUCCUCCCACUGGCUAGACUUCAGGCCUACAAUAAAAGCCACCCUCCACCCCAUUCUGAAGAUGGUGCUAUUUUCCUCCCCAGUGACUAUCGAUACACUUGCCAGUUUUCUUCACUGACCGGGGAGUAGUCUUAUCCACUAGUCUAACUGGGAUUGCUAAAUAACUUCAGGCACAGGUGCUGUUCCCCGAAGAGCAGUAAUUAGCUGUUGAACUCUGUACUAGCUGCGAGGGCUCCUGUAGGAAUUUAUUGACCACAUCUAGUCAGUUUGCUUUCUGUACUGACAACAAACCUUUGUACACCAGAGUUUGGAAGCAUGAAAACUUUGACACCCUUUUUCCUUAGAAAGAAUUCUCCUUACUAAUACUCGUAGGUUGAUGCUGUUAAUAAUUCUGCUUCUCUUGUUUUGCCUGAGCCAAAAGCACUAGAACACUGGUAGCGUGGAACGAUGAUUGCUUUCUAAUAAGAAAUGGAAACUGUACAGUGGACAGUAAAACAUUAAUCUAUUUAAAUCACAGUUUGGGGAGAAAUUAGUGUUUUUGUGAACUAUCUCAAGCACUGAGGAAAAUCACAGUAGAUUAGGGUUUUUAAGUACAAAUUUAGUCAGUGUAAAAGUAUGAUUUUUUUUUGUUAGUUCAAAUUCCCUUCCCCAUUCCCCUGAACAACUCCAUAGAUGACCCUUGGUUUUCACGAAUGAGUUGGACGUACCUUUCUCAUUAACUUUUGUGCCAUAUUUUAUUUAUGUGUUAUGCAUUAUAAAUAUCUAUCUAUUUAGACUGAAUAUUGCAAUACCAGAUGCUGUUGUUGUGGAACUUCAGGGCAUAAACCCAAUACUAAAACUGAAAAUAUCCCUCCAGUAUAUUUAGCGCUUGUGAUUGUCUAAAAGUCGUCUUGGUUUUCAUGCUUUGAUUUCAAUAUUAACGAUGAGCGAACCACUUCCUAAAGGUCUGGAGAUGUUAGUGCUGAAGUUCAAGUUCUCUCAAGUUUGACCCUGUGAUUCUAAGGUACAUCUGGUUGCUUUUCUGGUGCAGUGGAAUUGUCCUUUGGAAAGGUGAUUUUUCUGGCAUUGUUAAAGAGAAGGCAGAAUGGCCUAAUCCAGCCAGCUUGGCUCUACCCUCCUGCUCCCCAAUAUAAAUUCUUGAAAUGGUCAGUUUUAAAUUAAAAACCAAUUCUUUAGGUCUCUGUAAGAAAACGUUUUAGGAGUGGGAGUCUGCCCUUGCUGGGUGGGACUGGACAGAGGAAUGCAAAUGAAGUUGCUUUUGCUCAGGAAUUGAUUAGUAAAACUUUUAACUACUAAUAAAAAUCCAUUUUUCAAUGGAUUUAAAACAAAAAAAGAAAAACAAACCCAUUUUCUUGCGUAGAACAUGUGAUAUGGGAUGUUUCUUAAUGAACAGAAAUCAGUUUAUACAUUUUAGCCUCUGAAAUUUAAUUAUUUAAAAUUCAAACUUCCCCUAAUUUAUCUGUCUGGUUUUUUUAUACUGGAAUGUUGCCCUGUCAUUCUUCCAUAGAACUAGUGUGAAUUCUUCCAGUGUGUAUAUAUGUAUGUAAUAGUGUGUAUAUAUUAUAUAAUAUAUAUAUAUAUUUUCCACCCACCCUUCUAAUUUUCCACAAUGCAAGGGUUAGUUUUUUUUUCUCCCCUCCCUUCUGCUUUAAUUUCUUGUCUUUUACCUUGAUUUGUAAUUGAAACAAUGCUUUGAAGUUCUGUCUUUAUAUUAAAAUGUACGUAUUUUAAUACAUUG